AUGGCGCAAAAGAGAGAGUAUUCAGAGGUUGGCUCACCUGAGCCUCGAGACAGAGCAUCUUUCAAUGGCGCCAAGAAGCGCAAGCAGAGCAAGACGAAGCACCGGCCGAACGAAGGGACUUCAACAUGGGCCAAGAAGCGAACGCGAACCAUUGAGCGACUCCUCAACAGAAACCAAGAACUACCCGCCAAUGUUCGCAACGAUCUCGAGCGAGAGCUGGGCGCGCUCAAGGCUACAGUUGACGACAAGAGCUUCCAAAAGCUACGAAGUGCCAUGAUCUCGAAAUAUCACAUGGUUCGCUUUUUUGGUACGAUUAUUUUUAGUCCUAUGUCGGAUGUGAAGGGAAAGGCUAACCUGCUGUGCGUAGAGCGAAAGAAGGCGUCGAGAUUAGCGAGGCAGCUGUGCAAGAAGAUUGAUCAGACCGAAUCGACAGAAACAGAGGAGCUCGAGGGAUUGAAGCGCGACCUCCAUAUUGCUGAAGUGGACGAGGCAUACACUCAGCACUUUCCCCACGCCGAGCCCUAUAUCAGCCUCUACACAAACGCCAAAUCGGACAAGCAAGAGGAAGAGAAGGAUGACGACAAGCUUGACUACACACCCCUUAAGCAGAGAGGCCUGUUGCACACAGAGAGGCCGCCAAUUUGGUCGGAAGUUGAGCAAGCGAUGAAAGAUGGAUUUCAUGCGCUGCGAAAUCUGAGGGAGAGACGGCCGGCUGAGGUUACAGAACCGACUAAACCCGAGCGCAACCAGAAGAAGGCCAAUGCAUCGACAAGCAAAGAUAAGACUGUGCCAGCUGCGAAGGCGCAGCCCAAGAAGGAGACCAAGCCCACUCCUUACACCAAGAGCAAGCCAGGGGCAGCUCCCAAAAAUCGCAGAGAGCGCCGACUUGCAGAACGCCAGGGCGCACAACCUGUUGUCAAGAGUGACGAUGAUGAUAGCGAUGAGGGUGGUUUCUUUGAAGAGCCUUAA